GUGACGACGACUUUCCCUUCUUUUCCGGUUUAGUUGCUUGACAUGGCGAAAUCGUACGAUUUUUUGUUUAAGUUGCUUCUCAUAGGAGAUUCCGGAGUCGGCAAAACGUCUAUUUUGUUCAGGUUUUCCGACAACAAGUUCGACGGAAGCUUCAUAUCGACAAUAGGAAUCGAUUUUAAGAUACGGAUUAUCGAAAUUGACGGGAAGAAAAUCAAGCUGCAAAUAUGGGACACGGCUGGUCAGGAGCGCUUCCGCACGAUAACGACUGCCUACUACAGGGGGGCAAUGGGAAUCAUGCUCGUUUACGAUGUCACAAAGGAAGCCACAUUCGAAAACAUAAAGACGUGGAUCAGGAACACAGACGAGCAUGCGGCGGCAGACGUUGAAAAGAUGAUUCUUGGAAACAAGUGUGACAUGAACGAACUCAGACAAGUUUCGAAAGAGCGUGGAGAAAAGUUGGCAAUAGAACACAACAUCAAGUUCAUGGAGACCAGUGCUGUGUCAUCAAUCAAUGUGGAGGACGCCUUCUACACACUUGCAAGAGACAUCAAAGAAAAAAUGGAGCGAAAGGUGCUGGGUUCCAUGAUGGGAGCACAUAAGGCGGCUCGGGCGCAGCCAAAGCCAGCAGGCCCUCACCUACACUCUGCUGAGCCCGUGCGAAAGAGGACCCGGUUCACGUGCACUCUCCUAUGAUGUCUGUAGACUGUGAAGCACAAGUAGUGCAGUGACUCGUAUCAGUGCCUAAAAAGGGUGCCUGCCAGCUGCAGAAUCCAGUCUUCAACCGCCACACUUUGGCACGACCGACAUCUUUUUGUGGGCUGGCAUCGUGUGACGGCCCUGGCUUCUUGCUCCUAGGCUCUUCAUGUCUGUCUCGCCCAGAGGCGUGCACACCGCACAUCGCUGCACGUGCGGUCACAGGCAUAUAUACACAAACACCUCUUGUUCUGACCACACUGAAUGCAAAAGGUGCCUCACCCCCCCCCCCCCCCCCCCCCCCGGUCUUAUAAACUCUUAUGUGAACGGCAAUCAAAGAGAAGGUACACUUUGUCUUCCACGUAUUCUUUCGCUCUGUACAGUAAGGCCCUAGUCACAUUGGCACACUAAUUGCAGUUAAGUUGAGCCUGAGUUGCACUCUAGUUACACAUGCAUGAUUAAUUAUGGUUAAGCUGAACCUAAGUUUUGGCCUACAGCUGUUAUGAAAAGUUACACGGAGUUACACGAUUACAUUGCAGUUACACAUGGCUAUUAACUGCAAUUAUUGCAGUUAAUAGCCAUGUGAGGUAUGUUAGGUUUUCCAUGAAACUGAACGUAACUGCUGCAGUUGGUAAGAGAAGUUUCGCUGAGCUUCAGUUAGUGAGCAAGCUCAAUUAGGGUAUUACAGCCUACUCUAGUUAUGCUCAAUUGCUAGAAAAUUUUGACCACAUUUACUGUGGUUAAUGACACAAACAACUGAGUUUUUUCAUGUAACUGGGCAUAACUAGAGUGGGUCGCAACAAACCCCCGUAUUCAGAAAUGUUAAAGCCACAACUCGACUUAAUCCAAGUCCGGCUCAAUAUAAUGGCUGAUGCCAACAUGCCCAAGACACCCAAUGUGUUUUCCUGGGUGCAAUCACAUCGGGCGUCAUCUUGAGCCAGACUUGACCAAGUCGUCCUGGCUUCAAGUUAAGGCGCAUUUGUGAAUAUGGGGGUGAGACCUGGCUUAACUGCAAUUAGUGUGCUCAUAUAACUAAGGUAUAAGCGAUGUGUUUUCCUUGUUUUUCCUGCAUCUUGAUUUUACUCCCUGUUCAAGGGUGAGUGCCUCUGUUAUGAAAGGGUCUCAUUUGUUGUGCUGAUGUAUUGAUUUGGGACAAAAUGUACUUGCGCUGUGGCCUUGAGCUGAAUGUUGUUAGGUUUUCAGCGGCUGUAGGAACCUUAACAGGGUGCGUCGAGAGUUACGAAGGAUAAUAACUCCUUAUGUGUACAGCGUAAUUGACGUCCAGGUUGUUGUUUUUUUCAUCUCGUUCUGCCAAUCUCGUCCCUUUGUGACUGCAUUGUUUUGUGGCUACUGGUUCCAUUAACAUCCCUUUCGUUCUUUCUUUUUCUUGAAGGCAGUGCACAAAGAACUGCCUGCAUCUUUUCGAGAGGAAUUUUUAUGCCUAAAAGACAAGUAAGCUUUUUUAUCCUGUAUGUACCCAGAUUAGUGUGACAUUACCAGCAAAAACAAUAUGUCGCCAUUGCCAACAUUUUCCACCUAAGUGCAGCAUUUAGCCCCCUUUCAAAAGUGAUAUCGUGGACAAACAAAACGCUGACAGCAAAGUUUAAAACAUUGAACAUCUCUCAUAGGUAAUGAAUGCAAAAGUGCAGUUCCACUCAACUGCAUAUCCAGUAGCCAACGAUUUCGUCCAGAACUGAACGUACGAUAUGAAAUUGGUCUGACAUUAUUUGAAGUGGUGAAAACCAGUAAUGGAAAAACCUGUUUCAGUUAAACUUGUUCACAUUUCAUUUGUCCAUGAUAGUGCAAGCCUGCAAAUACCUGACUUUUUGUCAAUCACUUGAUGUAUGCAGAAUGCUGUUUAUUCAAAUUUGCAAUUUUCCCUGUCCAUUUGUUCCCUGUCCCUGUCCUGCUCCUGCCUUUUACUGGGCCAGAAUUUUUUACUUUUCACUUGAUGCUUUCUUUUUCUAAGUUGAGUGGUGCUGCUGAAGUUGCACAAUAUACUUUGCAGCUGCGAUUUCAUAUGCCAUACACAUAUACUCAAAGUCCUGUUUCUUUCUCCUACUCAUUGGUGUGUGCAAACGCAGCAGUUCUAUACACUCAAGUUUGUGAGCACUCUUCCUCUUAUCACACCACCAAAUGCUCCUCUACUACAUUGAUUGUGCUAACUUUCAUCAUCACCUCUGAUGCUUGACUGAUGUUAUUAUGCACUCACUUUAUGUUAUAAAUGCAUCUGAAGCAGCAAGUUUUGCUUAUGGGGCUUUUUUAAAUUCAAUGGAGGGAUGAGAGGUGCGGAGAUUGCAGUCUUUCAGCAUGUUUUGGUGAUAUGGGCUCAUGUCAAACACUGGCAUCAUGUGUCCAUCUUUCAUGUCGUAGAUUUGACAUGUGAUGUUCUCACUCUGAAUUAUACUUAACAUCAAUACUGGGUAAAAAAGUGGCUCUUUGUACAAAAAAAGAAAAAAGAAAACGUACACGUGAUUGCGUCAAAUGCAAAACACAGUACAGUCGAACCUUGCUAUGAUGAAGUCACAUCCAACACUAAAAUACCUUUGCUAUAGCCCCUAUUUGUUACAAGUGUAUAUUCAUUACAUGCUAAUUUGGCAAUAAACAUUUACAAUUUACUUUAUUAUGUCCAAUAAUUCGUCAUUUCUGUGUUCGUUAUAUCAGGGUUCGACUAUAUUAUAGUAACAUUGUGUCUUGUGCAUUGUUGCAACAAGUGCUGUGUUGGCGUAAGGCAGUUGUUAAUUGUAAAUUAGUCUGGUCAAGCACGUAGGUGAUAUCCAGAUUCUUAGAAAGUGUUGCAAAGGCCUUUAAGUAGCAAGAAAAUUCAGUUUGUGCUUUGGAUCAUCUGUCACAUGCACAUAGUGAGUCACAAGCUGGCAAUAACAGCUUUAAUGCCAGGAAAUUUCUGCUGCAGGUAUAGCUGGGACAAGGCGCCAUUCCUCAGGCGCUGUUUGGAAGCAUCAUCCGCUUAUUCACUGCCUCCAUUUAGUUGGCUAUCCACAGUCUAUUUCUAUUGCUGAAGGCAAAUUGUCAUAUACAAUUUGGGUUUGCCCUGGAGCUCCAUUUCACAGCGGUGUUAUAAUUGUACGCAGACAGUCCAGUGGUACCUUUGCUAUAGCAUUCUCUGCUGAUGUUCACGAAUUGAAUUCAGUUUCACCUGCCUGCUGGCAGUCAACCAGUAGAACACCUUUGCAGUGUUGAGUCUGUUUUAAAUGCCUACCAUUCCGGUAGUCGGUUGUGGGACACAAACAUCGUAGCACAUGUAAACAUCGUAGUGCUGUGAUAGACAAUCUCAACUGCAAGUUUAAACUUGGAAAUGUGCAUGCAGACUUUGGGCACAAGAACCUUUUCCCCCCUCACUAACCUGUUUCCUUUCAUAGUUGUCACGCAGUACGUGCUUUAUUUGCUCCAAUAUGACAGAGUCGGAACCCACUUGACAAAGAGAAUGAAGAUCCUAACUUGAGUGUAUGGUGGGAGCAAUUUGUAAAGAAAUCUCUACUUGGUGUCGUCCGAGAAUCAGCCAUUGCCAUUGUAGUUUGUACACUACACUCUACUUUUUACAUUACACUGGUGCCCUGCCAUUGGCUGUAAUCGUACAGGUGGAGGUAGCCCUGCUAAUUCAGCAGCUGACAAGGUUUUUUGUAUUAUUAAAUUUAUUCUUCCGGGCUUGUAUGGGACUGUAGUCUACUUGCUAGACUAGUUGCAGUGUAAAACAUUCCUUUACAUACACCAUUUGAUACUGUUUGAAUACAAGCAUGCUGCACUGUCCAGACACAUGUUCUGGUUUCUUUAUAUAUGACAUUUUGCACAUUACAGUGCACACGUUAAAAUAAGGAUAUCAUAUGCGUGGAACAUAGGCCUUAGUCGGUAACAGGUGCCUAAAAAUUUGUCACGUAAUGCUGUGCAUUUUUCAUGGCUUGCAGCUGUCACCAGGCACUAUAGGUUAGUGUACAGUAGACGCGUAAGAAUCAAACUUCAGUUAUUCAAAAUCCAGAUGAUUAAAAAAAAAAAUUAGGCUCACUUUGCCAUGUUUUCAGUGGUCCUUGAAGCCACCCUUAAGUCAAGCAAGGCAGUCAUUGAUUUUGGUUAAUUCAUACUUUUUUACUUUCUAGGGGUUAUAAAGGCAUUCAUUAAUGUGAAUAGCCUAAACAUGCCCUUGUCUGAUAUUCAGAUUGCUGUGUAUCUUAACUGGAGACACUACAGAUUGAUGUCAUUGACCCAGUUGUCACGGAAAGUGAUGAAGUCCUGCGUACCUCUUUUCAGACAUGACCAUGUAUGUCCAUGUACACCCGCGAUCAAAAGUAUAUGGCAGGGGUAUUGACAAAAAAGUAAAAACAAAUUUCUUGUAACAGAGACUGACAACGUGCAACUGACAAUUGGACUGCAAUGUUUGCAAUGUCAAAUCUAAACUGCAGUCUUUAGUGUUAUGUUAUGUUACAUGUUUAGGCAUCGAGGAAGUUCGGCCUCUAUAGAAAAUCUGGUCCACAUACUUUAGAUCAUUGGUGUACCUGUAAAUUUAGUACCUCAUAAUUCUGUUGUGUAAAGAAAAAUUUGUGGUCCACAGAAGUUUGAAUUAAAAUGAGUUGACUUUAGUUGUGUUCCAAGAAAAAGCUAUCACAAGUUCUAAGUGUCCUAACAUUUGUAAUUACUGCAAACCUAGGAAAGCAGUCUAACAUCUGAGCACAGAUGUGGGCAAAGAGUGUAUUUAAGCAAUCUGCUACCUGCUCUCUAGCAUAUUGUGUAAUAUGAACUGUUUACCAGGUUUCUGAAGUCAAGCCAAUUUUAGUGAAGGUACUUACAUUGCCAUCAUAUCCUGAAGCCCCAAAGUUCCUCUAAAUGUUCCUAUGUAUAGUGAACAGCACAGAACUGUAAAAUGUGCGAGUACUUGCGUAGCAUGAACUCUGUUUUAAAAACUUGUUUUGUUGCGACUUCACACAAGUUAAUCAGGCAAGAAAAAAAAAAAAUCCAAGCCAACUCUCACUGGAGGUACUUGCAUCUCUCUUGAAUGUCUUUAGAAACGAACAGAAUGCAUAAGCUUUUAGAAACUGCCUGCUUGUUAUGAUAUGGUCAUUCUAUCAUGUUUGUCUCACAACACUGAUGUAGCAGCUGAAACCCUGUGGUUGGCUGGGUAGCCCAAAUCACCAAGUGAUAUGUUCCCCAUGAAACAAGCCGAGACACUUAGCCCAGGUGCAAUGGAACAGCAGCCAGCAAUUUGGUUUGGGACGUCAAAACCCAUAAUUUAACCAUGUCUAUUUGCUGUGUAUAGGCUGCGCAUUUGUAAUUGUUGCUUAAAGGGAAGCUGGAGAACUUGAGAAUCGAGCAUUGCCAAAGGAAGUUCUUAGUCUGCCAGUUUGCAAGAUGCUCAUCGUGUAUGCCUCCGCGGAGCAAAAUGUGUUCAUAGACUCGUAAAACAAGAACAGAUGUUUAAUUAGAAUAUGUACCUGCUGUUUUUGGUAGCUCUGUGAUGGUGAUGUCAACACCAACAUCCACGCUAUAUGGGCCAGUGGAACCUAUAGUAUAUCCCAACAUAGAAUUAUGAUUCACAAUCUCGGUGCUGCCCUUCUCAUGGGUAUUAUGAGGAAGCACUUUGCCGUGGGAGUGGGCUGUUAAAUCAAGAAACCACAGCGAAUUUCAUCAUGCACUGUUGUUAUGCUUAGAGAAAACUUACUUUUUUUUACAGAGUGUAAGGUAGGUUCGGCUUUCCUUUAAUUAAGCAAUGUGAAAUGGUGAUUAUGGAACAGUUUCUAAACAACCCUACCGGUACGUGAGACAUCGGCGACACGAGAGUGCGUGUUUCUAAACAAAGUUGUUGCUACAGUCAGGAGCAGAAAUUCCAGUGUUACAUGUGACACAUAACUUGCCUUAAUCAGUUGUCAUACUAUUGACAGCGCACACUAUACUCACAUUUUUGGUAAAUGGCAAUCUUAAAAAAGGAAUUGCUAUUUUGGUCAUUCUUUUGGGAUGGGCUGUGCAUCUUUGUAGUCAGUCAACAGUAUUGAAUGAUCCUGGUCAGAUGCAUGUUUGCUUGUUACUUGUACACAAUUAUGUGAUUGUGAGGAAAUGUCAAAAUGCACAGGGAUGACGAAAAGCAUGUGAUACUGGUCCCUUCCAAUAAAUGUUUUUUUUUCUUUAA